AAUUGGUUCACUCGCAGGGCAUACCCGAUGACCACAUAAUAGUCAUGCAUCCGGACGACAUAGCCUACGAUAAACACAACCCAACCCCUGGGGUUAUAAUCAACGCUCUUAACGGUACUAAUGUUUACGAAGGGGUUCCUAAAGACUAUACUGGAAAUGAUGUCACCACCAAGAACCUAUUUGGUCUACUUAGCGGUGAUUCUGAGUUAGUUAAACAGGGAAAGAAAGUGAUCAAAAGUAAUCCCAAAAAUCGUAUAUUCGUGUACCUAAUGUCGCAUGGUGAAACAGAAAUAUUUGUUUUUCCGAAUGAAAUACUAUACGCUACUGACCUUGUUAAUACACUUGGCGAACUUUACAAACAAAAUAAAUAUGAUCAACUUGUGUUAUACAUAGAAUCGUGUAAAUCUGGAUCAAUGUUAGCUAACAAAUUGCCAAACACCUGGAACAUUUAUGCCAUGACUGCAUCGCAACCCGAUGAAUAUGCUGCUCAAUAUACAUAUGAUUUUGGACCACGCCAAGCUUUUCUUGCUGGGUACUUUACGUAUUUGUGGUCACAAAACGCCGACCGCUACGAUCCUAAGGUGGAGACCCUGGACACACAAUUUCACUGGGUACUUUACGUAUUUGUGGUCACAAAACGCCGACCGCUACGAUCCUAAGGUGGAGACCCUGGACACACAAUUUCAGUACAUCGCUGACAGACCUGAUGUUUAUUUGCCAUUUCAAUCUGGCGAUGAGACCUGGUGUAUGAAUAUGACCCAGCACCCACAACAAUAUGGUGAUUUGUCAAUAGCCAAAAAGGGCACAGUUUCGCAGUUUAUGGGACCUAAUUUCAAAAGUAAAUUUGACACUGAUAACAAGCAAGAUAUAAUUCUUGAAAAAUGCAAUCUGACCAUUGACCAAGAUAUACAUGUGUUUUUGGCACAAAAGCGUAUUGAUCUUACGGUUGAUACUAUUGAGAAGCAACGUUAUCAGGAUCAAUUGGAUGGUCUGACUAGAGGUCGUGAAUAUGUGGAUAAAGUAUUGUAUGAAUACGUGAAUAGUAUUCUCAAAAGUAAAUUUGACACUGAUAACAAGCAAGAUAUA